AUGUCCGCUGGCAACCGCGGCACCAGCAAUACGUCGCAUCGCAAGCGUGUGCGCGCUGACGACGACGACGAUAUGCUAUCUUCAUCGCCUGCCCUCCCCUCGUCGCCGCCGCUUCUUCCAACCAACGAGAAUGAUGACGACGAUCUCGACGCGGAAGACGACUUGAUUGGCGACAUCGAUGAUGCAGAUGAGAUGGCUGAGGAUGAAGACGGCAUUGAUCUGUUCGGCGACAACUUCAUGCGUGAUUACAGACCAGAUCAAGACAACACGUAUCAAGGACGAAUGAUUGACGAUGAUGGCGAAUAUGAAGAGAUCAACGAAGCUGAUCGUCGCCAACUAGAAGCUCGCAUGAAUAAGCGCGAUCGAGAACUUGCCCAAAGACGACGAAUGCCGGCUGCUUUCCUGCAGGAUGAAGAUGAGGAUGCAGGCAUUGAUCUCACCAAACAACCGCGCCGCCGGAGGCACGCCUAUGAUGAAGACCAGGACGAUAUGGAUCUGGAUGACAAUAUCAUGGAAGAAGAGCUUUCUCUCGAGACACUGCAGGAUGUUAAAGCAACAAACAUCACCGAGUGGGUGACAUUGCCUCCAGUGUCUCGCACGAUCAAUCGCGAAUUCAAGGCCUUUCUCACCGAGUACAUCGAUGCCCAAGGCAUGUCAGUCUACGGCACGCGCAUUCGAACUUUGGGUGAGGUGAACUCGGAAUCUCUCGAGGUGUCAUACGAGCAUUUGUCCUCCACAAAAGCAAUUCUGGCCUACUUUGUGGCCAACGCGCCUACCGAAGUCCUCAAGAUCUUUGAUCAGGCUGCGUUCGAGAUCGUCAAGCUUCACUAUCCAAAUUAUGACCAGAUUCAUCCGGAGGUACACGUACGCAUUGCGGAGCUGCCUGUACACUACACUCUGCGCCAGCUGCGACAGUCGCAUCUCAAUUGUUUGGUGCGCGUAUCUGGUGUAGUGACGAGGAGAACAGGAGUAUUCCCACAACUGCAAAUGGUCCGCUUCACCUGUGAGAAGUGCAACAUCACCCUCGGACCGUAUGCUCAGGAUUCUACCUCGACGGAGGUCAAGCUCACAUUUUGCUCGAACUGCCAAUCUCGUGGCCCGUUCAAGGUCAAUACUGAGCAGACUGUGUAUCGGAACUAUCAGAAAUUGACCCUGCAAGAAUCCCCGGGAACGGUGCCGGCUGGUCGACUGCCGCGUCAUCGCGAAGUUGUGCUUCUAGCAGAUCUCAUUGAUGCAGCAAAACCAGGCGAAGAAGUCGAAAUCACUGCUAUAUACCGCAAUAAUUACAGCGGACAGCUCAACAACAAGAAUGGCUUUCCAGUGUUUGCAACGAUGCUUGAGGCAAACAACAUUAUCAAGACCCACGACCAGCUGGCUGGUUUCAGGUUGACAGAGGAGGAUGAGCGGCAAAUUCGGGCCCUGUCAAGAGAUCCUGGGGUCAUUGAGAAAAUCGUCGACUCAAUAGCGCCAUCAAUCUACGGUCACAAGGACAUCAAGACGGCAGUUGCUCUCUCGCUCUUUGGCGGCGUCAGCAAAGUGGCGCAAGGCAAGAUGAACAUCCGUGGCGACAUCAAUGUCCUCCUACUUGGUGAUCCUGGAACGGCGAAAUCUCAGGUGCUGAAGUAUGUGGAGAAGACGGCACAUCGCGCAGUCUUCGCUACAGGCCAGGGUGCCAGCGCUGUCGGUCUGACGGCUUCUGUACGAAGAGAUCCUCUCACAUCAGAAUGGACUCUGGAGGGUGGUGCCCUUGUGCUGGCAGAUCAAGCACCUGCCUCAUUGAUGAAUUCGAUAAGAUGA